AUGUUAUCAUCCUUGGCAGGUCAUGUUCCUUUUCUUCUUCUGCUACUGUUACAUGUGGUCAUUGCUAGACCAUUCUUUCCACUACCAAGUAAGACUAGCAAUGAAGAGAAGAAGCCCAUACAGACAUUUCGACCAUAUAACAUUGCUCACCGUGGCUCAAACGGGGAAAUCCCGGAGGAAACAAGUGGUGCUUACCUGAGGGCUAUUGAAGAAGGUGCAGAUUUUAUAGAGACUGACAUCCUUGCUAGCAAAGAUGGUGCAUUGAUCUGCUUUCAUGAUGUAACACUUGAUGAUACAACUGAUAUUUCCAGCCGUAAGGAGUUCGCCAAUCGAAGGAGAACCUAUGAGGUGGAAUGGGCCAACGUUACUGGCUGGUUUGUAGUGGAUUUCACGCUUGAGGAACUUAAAACACUUAAAGUGAAGCAGCGAUACCCAUUCAGAGAUCAACAAUAUAAUGGCAAAUUUUCAAUCAUCACAUUUGAAGAAUUCAUUUCAAUUGCCUUAGAUGCAAGCAGAACCAUUGGAAUAUAUCCAGAGAUAAAAGAUCCAGUUUUUAUCAACAAGCAUGUAAAGUGGGCAGAUGGAAAGAAGUUUGAGGACAAAUUUGUGGAUACCUUACUAAAGUAUGGAUACAGGGGUCAAUAUAUGUCCGAAAAUUGGCUAAAACAGCCAUUGUUUAUACAAUCAUUUGCUCCCUCUUCCCUUGUACAUGUAUCAAAAUUGACAGACUCUCCGAAGAUCUUUCUGAUUGAUGAUAUCACAGUGAGAACACAAGACACAAACCAGUCAUACUGGGAAAUCACUUCAGAUGACUACCUUGCAUAUAUUAGUAACUAUGUUGUGGGCCUUGGUCCAUGGAAAGAUACCAUUGUUCCAGUUGCAAAUAACUAUUUGCUGGAACCAACUGAUCUUGUUGCAAGAGCACAUGCUCAUAAUCUCCAGGUACACCCUUACACAUACAGGAACGAGAACCAGUUUCUGCACUUCGACUUUCAUCAGGAUCCCUAUGCCGAGUACGAUUUCUGGAUAAAUACGAUGGGGGUUGACGGAUUAUUCACAGAUUUCGCCGGAAGCGUACACAAGUACCAAGAACUGAAAUCUCCACACCCGAAGGAUGCAACCGCGAACAGCCUCCUAGUAAAAAUUGCUCAGUUGAUCGCGGCAUACGAAGGCCAUUGA